UUCCCUUUAAGACAAAACAUAACAACUCAACAGCUGAUACAAAACAUGGCGGCGGUAAACACCGACUCGAAAGCCACCGGAGAGCAGAUUAAAGCCAUUUUGCGCCGCUGCAGAGGUCGCCCCCGGCUGACGGACGCGGACCGGGCGCAGCGGCGACUGGAAUCGCGGAAGAAGUACGACGUGCGGCGCGUUUAUCUGGGAGAAGCACACCAGGUGUGGAGCGAGCUGCGCCGGCGCACGAGCCUGAGCGACGCUGGGCUCGCGGAGUAUUUAAUCCUGCUCAAUUCGGCAUAUGGAGAAAAAUACCAGCAGAAAUACGGCAGGAGGAAAUCCAUUCCUGAACAAUGCAGCAGUCACAGGAAAGGGAAGAAGGUGUCGGCCACCAGCCUGCAGGACGUGGUGAGCUGGUACCAGUGCCACUGCCAGUCCUGCCCACAUGAGCCUGAGCUGCAGGCGCUGGAGCCCACUCUGGGCUUAUCUACGUCUGCACUGUGGCAGUGUGAGGCGGGUCACUCGUUUGUGCAGUGCCUGCCCUGGCCAGCAGGAGGAGAGUCUGAGUCAGACCUGGAGGACAGUGUGAUGGAGAAGGAUGAGGAGGACAGGCCUCCAGAGAAGAAAGCUGCCGACACUGAGAGAGGGACACUACAAGACCACGGGCAGCUGCGGGAUACAGUCAAUGAGUUGGAAGACGACGAUGAACAUGCAUCCCAAAUGGAGCAUCAGAUGACAUGCACAUCCCUCAGUGAUCUCCCAGGAUCCCCUGCGGCCCACAGCAGUCCUCCCGCCUCGGAGCAGUGUCUGGGAGACCAGGCCGUGUGGGAGAUGGAGGUGCUCAUGAACCGAGAAGCCGAUGGAAAAGCCUCGGAUCGGGAUGUGGCGAGAAAGGCGGACCCUGUCACGGAGCAGGCGGACCAUUCGGGAACAUUAGAAAAUGAGGGAAAAGGUGGAGGGGGCUCGGAGGAGAGAUAUGAAUGCAUGGUUGUCACGCCGCCCUUGACGGACGGGCGGGAGAGGGAGGAUGGAGACGAUGGUUCUGGAAAAGGUGUGGAAGAGUCGUUGACGGCCGCCUCGGCACAGAGCGAACUAUUCGAGCGGCAGGAUCUGCAGACGGUGAUGGGCGAGUGUGAGCUCCCGGACCAGCACUCCACACUGGAAGGAUCUCAAUUGAUCAUAAUUACAGGUCCCAGUUACGAGGCUCUGACGUCCGAAGGCAUUCAGCUGAACGUGGGCAGCGGUGAUGUCGAGGAGGUCACAUGUACUCUGAUCGGAGAUAUGUCCUACUGCCAGUCAGAAGCAACGACACAUCCCAACAUAGACUCAGAUCUGGGAGAGAAGCAGUUGUUAGAUCCCGGUGAAGAAACACACUGUUCGAAGAAGCUUCAGCAAUCUCUCAGUAGUGGUGUGUGUUUGUGUGUCAGGUCUAAGAGGAGCCGGCGGGGUCCGGUAAUCGAGGCAGACGGCAUGCUGAAGAUGUUCCACUGUCCGUAUGAAGGCUGCAGUCAGGUGUACGUGGCCAUUAGCAGUUUCCAGAAUCAUGUGAACCUGGUGCACAGGAAGGGCCGGACCAAAGUCUGUCCUCACCCAGGGUGCGGGAAGAAGUUUUAUCUGUCUAACCAUCUUCAUCGGCACAUGAUCAUACACUCAGGUGUACGAGACUUUAUCUGUGAGACUUGCGGAAAGUCGUUCAAACGCAAAAAUCAUCUAGAGGUGCACAGACGAACACACACGGGAGAGACGCCGUUACAAUGCGAGAUAUGUGGGUACCAGUGUCGACAGCGAGCGUCACUCAACUGGCACAUGAGGAAACACACGUCUGAAGCCCACUUCAACUACACGUGCGAACACUGCGGCAAACGCUUCGAGAAACUCGACAGCGUCAAGUUCCACAAACUCAAAAGCCAUCCAGACAAACAGUCGACAUGAGAGAGAAAAAACUCAUUCGUAUGUGCAGAAGAUUUAAAACAAUGAGGACCUGCUUGAUUAAUAAUCGAAUAGAGGACAAAUGGACCGGCAAAACACAAGAGAGACAUUGAUCGAGAGAAUCAAAACAAUGUUUUGUAAUCUGUCAAAAGUGUAUUUCUCUUUCCCGUGCUGGACACAGGAAAACAAAACUACUUCUGCUGACACUGCAUGGACAAACAUAUUAAUGUUUACAUCUGUUUUUGUGUUUUUCUUAAUCAUACAAUCAGGGUGAUAUAAUUAACCUCCGUCUGCUGUACCUUGCAGAAAACCACUGCUUCAUUAAACCCGUUACUUUACAUCGUCUUGUCCAAUCCACAUUUUGAAAGACUUUUGUAAGGAAACAGCCUGAAAUAUUCCUAGUCAUGUUAUUAUUUAUCAUCUUAUAUUUUAACAGAUCAAUUAAGAUACAAUGGGUCUUCGUUGGUUGUGCAGUGUUAAUUUGAAAGGCAAAACUUGACUUCGGACAGCACGAAAACUGCCAUUUCCAGUACAGCAUAUACAUUUUCUCCUUAUUAACUUACAACUGGUUUACUUUUCUGCAUGAAAUAAAGAGAAAUGUGCCCAAAUAUAAAAGUGAUCAUUGCUUGGAGUGAAUAUUCAGUAAAAAUGAUAAAAACGACCCAUGGACUUGAAAUGUACUGCUAAUUAUAUAUGGUAAGUGUGAACUUUGUGAUGCUGUUAGUGUUAUGAAUGAUGAGUAAUUGGUGAAAAUGCCACUAAACAGAGAAAAGGGAAGCGUUAAUUGAAUAGGCCUACUUCAACUCUCAGAUGUAAAGAAAAUUCCCCUUGUUUUCACAUUCAUUUGAAUAUCUUUGUGUUGUUGUUUGGUUUGAUGUAAAUGAUAAUUUUUGUCAUUUGUACAUCAUGUUAUUCCUACAUUUCUCAAGUUCCUGCACUGUUUUAUUAAGAGAGGAAGAUUCGGUGGAGUGGAUGAACGGAUUAAAGGGUGACUGAAAAGCACAA